UGCGUGCGGGCAGCAUGGCGCGGCGCCCGCGCAGCAGCCGGGCCUGGCGCUUCGUCCUGAGCGGGGUCCGGCGCGAGGCCGACGGCUGGGCCGGCGCGCGGGGCUGGGGCUGCGACUCCGACGGCCAGCAGCACAGCGACUCGGAUUCGGAGCCGGAGUUCUCCUCCCUGUCUCCCUCCAUCCCGAGUGCCAUCCCUGUGACUGGAGAGUCCUACUGCAACUGUGAGAACCAGAGUGAAGCUCCCUACUGCUCCAGCCUGCACGCCCUGCACCGUGUCCGCGACUGCCGCUGCGGCGAGGAGGACGAGUAUUUUGACUGGGUGUGGGAUGACCUGAACAAGUCAACGGCCACGCUGCUGACGUGUGACAACCGCAAGGUGAACUUUCACAUGGAGUACAGCUGUGGCACGGCCGCCAUCCGCGGCAACAAGGAGCUGGCAGAGGGCCAGCACUUCUGGGAGAUCAAGAUGACCUCCCCGGUGUACGGCACUGACAUGAUGGUGGGGAUUGGGACGUCGGAUGUGAACCUGGACAAGUACCGCCACACCUUCUGCAGCCUGCUGGGCAAGGACGAGGACAGCUGGGGACUCUCUUACACAGGACUGCUGCAUCACAAGGGGGACAAAACAAACUUCUCCUCUCGGUUUGGCCAAGGCUCCAUUAUUGGGGUGCAUUUGGACACGUGGCACGGGACACUCACGUUCUUCAAGAACCGCAAGUGCAUAGGGGUGGCAGCCACAAAGCUGCAGAACAAGAAGUUUUACCCCAUGGUGUGCUCGACGGCGGCCAAGAGCAGCAUGAAGGUGAUCCGGUCCUGCGCCAGCCGCACGUCCCUGCAGUACCUGUGCUGCUUCCGCCUGCGCCAGCUCCUGCCCGACUACGUGGACACGCUGGAGGUGCUGCCCCUGCCCCCGGGACUCAAGCAGGUGCUGCACAACAAACUGGGCUGGGUCUUGAGCAUGAACUAUAGCACGUCGAAGCCUUCCUCCUCCUCAUCCUCGGGGAGCGACUCGGACAGCUCGUGCGGCUCGGAUGCGGAGGCCUGCCAAAGGAAGAGGUGCAGGAGGACAUAAUGGCUCUGCACAGCACGUGCGUGGGGGUUCAUUGUGUUGUUGCAAGGGCAGUCAAGCGUGAUGCACCUCUUCCUUCUGGGGACGUCCAUCUGUUGGCAAAGAUUUCUCCAGUGCUGUGGAAAUCUUUGGCCUUGACAUCCAUCACAGGCAUUUAGAAGAGCUGCUGGCUCUAAGAGAUGCCAGUUCUGACACAAGAAAUUUGUGGUGAAAUAUCUGAGCUUCAUCUCCUGACUUGCUAUGGAAGCCAGCGCUUCUUCGUGAAGGAUCUCUCUUCUUCCUGCUGGCACAGACAAUGUUUAAGAAAUUGGACUUGAUGACAGGAGUUGAUCAUCUUCAUGGCUCCCUUCCAGCUCAGGAUGUUCAGGCAGUCUCCUGGUUGGAAUGUACUGAACUCCAGUCAGACAACAGACCUGACUCAUGGAGACACAGUCCCAGGCCAGUCCUCUCCUCUCUGUGUGUGUAGGUUUGGUGUCUGCCAUGACCCCGUCCCACUCUGGGGCAGCAGCUGCAGGGAAAGGGCCCCCAGAGACACUGCUGGGAGCAGGUACAGCAGCUGAGCUGUGGGGGUCUUCCUCCAGCCCCUGGGGACUUUUAAUUGCUUUGCAUGUUGUUUUCUGCUGCCUCUCCUCUGUCCAAGCCUGUGUUAAACUGUAAUAAUAAAUGUAGAAGCUGUCUGUUGUUC